CUCCAUCCCUUCAAAUCCCCUCUCCCCCUAAAUUCUUCUCUCGCUAAUCUCCAUUCAAUCCCCAACACAAAUCUUUCUCUCCUCCUCGAUUCCUUGUUUUAGUUCCUCUUUCGGAAUCAAAACACACACAGGAGAUAUGGCUCAAAGAACCGAAAACGAAGAGACCGAAUUCAAAGUCCCCGAAACCUUAACGCUUUGCGUUAACAACUGCGGUGUUUCGGCCAAUCCAGCCACUAAUAAUAUGUGCCAGAAAUGUUUUACCGCCGCUACAUCCUCCUCUUCCUCUUCCACCGCCGGUGAUGCGAGUGCCUCUGGAGUCUCAAGUCUCAAUUUCCCCGACGAUAAAUCCUCGAGAUCUACACCGUCUUGUUCACAGGACAGCCGAUCCGAUUCUGCUCCGCCUACAACAGCUGCAACUUCAAAGACGACGACGAAUAGAGCGAUGGCCGCAUCGAAUAGAUCAGGAAGCGAUUCCGAGGAAAAGAAAUCAGUGAAUCGAUGUUCCGGUUGCAGAAAACGCGUCGGGUUGACCGGAUUCAGGUGUCGAUGCGGGGAGCUUUUCUGUUCUGAUCAUCGGUACUCGGAUCGACACGAUUGCAGUUACGACUACAAGGCAGCGGGUCGCGAGGCCAUCGCAAGAGAAAAUCCUGUGGUUAAAGCAGCCAAGAUUAUCAGAGUUUGAGUUUUACCAAUCGGAUCUUAAAUUAAAUUCAAUUAAAUAAACUAUUGUAAUCAUUUUUCGACCUGAAACUUGGAGAUCUAUGCUUGAUCUCAA